AUGGGCCAUCUAGUAUGCGUAGCGACCUGUUCACUUCGAAACUGGGCUCUUGACUUCGAAGGAAAUACCAAACGCAUCAUCGAGAGCAUCCACAAAGCAAAGGCUGCCGGCGCGACUCUCAGAGUCGGCCCCGAACUUGAAAUAUGCGGCUACUCGUGCCUCGACCAUUUUUUUGAGGCAGAUCUAUAUCUUCAUUGCUGGGAGAUGCUAUGCAUCAUUCUUAAGGACAGAAGCUGUGAUGGUAUUCUUCUCGACAUAGGUAUGCCGGUGAUGCACCGCAACAACCGAUUCAAUUGCCGCGUCAUCUGUCUGAACGGAAAGAUCUUGCUUAUCAGACCGAAGCUGUGGCUUGCUAAUGAUGGAAUAUAUCGAGAAAUGAGACAUUUCAUACCCUGGGUUGGACCAAGGCAUGUCGAGGAAUAUUACCUGCCUAGGAUGGUGAAGAAGAUCCAAGGCACGACCAAAGUGCCAAUAGGUGAUGCGGUGAUAUCGACGACAGAUACGUGUGUUGGUAUGGAAACGUGUGAAGAGCUGUUUACGCCGCAGUCCCCUCAUAACGAUAUGAGCUUGAACGGGGUGGAGAUUAUGACCAAUUCGUCCGGGUCCCAUCAUACGUUGAGAAAGCUUCAUGUUCGGGUCAGUCUUAUCCUGGAAGCUACGAGGAAGAAUGGUGGUAUUUACUUAUACUCGAACCAUUUGGGUUGCGAUGGGGAUCGUCUUUAUUUCGAUGGUAGUGCGAUGAUCAUCGUGAAUGGAAGUCUGGUUGCACAGGGAAAUCAGUUCACGCUUGACGAUGUUGAUGUUGUCACUGCAGUUAUAGACCUGGAGGAAGUUCGGUCGUAUCGAUGCACCCCGUCUCGAGGCCACCAGGCUAUGAAGGCCGGUGUUUAUACUCGGGUAGAGACUGAAUUUAGCCUCAGCUCCGACAUAGGCGACCGCGACACUAGCCUACGGCCUAGCCUGGUGAUUGAGCCGCGUUACUACUAUCCAGAGGAAGAAAUUGCGCUGUCCACGGGCUGCUGGCUAUGGGAUUACCUCCGACGUUCUGGCACUGCAGGAUACCUCUUACCGCUAUCCGGAGGAAUCGAUAGUUGUGCUACGGCAAUGACUGUCUUCUCAAUGUGUCAGCUUGUCAUCGAUGCCAUCAAGGCGGGAAAUGAACAAGUCAUCAAGGACUGCAAACGAUUAGCGGACUAUACACUGGAGCUACCAAACACACCGCAGGAGCUAUGCCACCAAUUAUUCCACACUAUAUACAUGGGCAUGUCGAAGCAGUCCUCCAAGGAAACCCGCGAGCGAGCACGGGAACUUUCGAAAGCUAUUGGUUCCUAUCACAUAGAUCUAGACAUUGAUGAUGUCUACGAGGCCCAGAAAAACCUGGUUGUUAAAUAUCUAGAUUUCGACCCCAAGUUCAGGAGCCAAGGCGGGACCAACGCGGAGAAUCUCAUGCUGCAAAAUAUCCAAGCUCGCAGCCGCAUGGUUACCGCGUACGAGUUCGCCCAGCUGCUCCCCACCACCCGCAAGAGGCCACACGGCGGGGCCCUACUUGUUCUAGGAUCUGCAAAUGUCGGAGAGGCACUUCGCGGCUACUACACUAAAUACGACUGUUCUAGCGCUGACAUCAACCCUAUCGGCGGCCUUGAUAAAAGUGACCUCAAACGAUUCAUUGCAUGGGCCGAGAAAUCCUACGCCAUUCCUUGCCUGCGCGGUUUCCUCGAAGCUACCCCCACAGCCGAGCUCGAACCUAUCACCGAACAGUACGUUCAGAGUGAUGAGGCAGAUAUGGGCAUGACCUACGAUGAACUGACUACCUUUGGUCGACUGCGAAAAUGCAACAAACUUGGGCCGUAUGGAAUGUUCCAGCGCCUUGUGCAUGACUGGAACCACCUCACUCCUCAACAGGUGGCUGAGAAGGUCAAGAGGUUCUACCAUUAUUACGCCAUCAAUCGGCACAAGAUGACGACCCUGACGCCUGCUCUGCACUCCAAUGACUACAGUCCUGAUGACAAUCGGUUUGAUUUGAGGCCGUUCCUGUAUUUUCCAUUUUACCAGUCAUGGGGCUUCAAGAAAAUUGACGAGGAGCUGGCACAUAUUAAGAAACAGGCUAAACAGUGA